AUGUCGGCGCAGUGCUAUAUGCCACUUCCACUCGACACAAAUUUGGUUUACCCUUACUUCUUCUCUUCAGAUGAUGCCCCCUCGCCCUCCGGGAGAGGGGGUACUCAAUUCAUAGAUGAUACUCCUCAAUCAAGUACCUUUUCGAACAGUGCAUCAAGUCCACAUGAUCGCUACAACCUGGCAAACCCUCUAUCGCCUUCCACAUUUUCUCCCACUUCUUCAUCAUCUGACGCAAUCUCAGAUGACUCCUUUACAAACCCUCAGAGCUACAAAUGCGAGCUUUGCCCUCGAGAGUUUCCUAGGCUGAACUAUCUUCGUCGUCAUCAAAAGAGCCACGAUGGACCUUUCCAGUGUGAUCAUUGUCAUAAGGACUUCGAGAAACGGAGGACAUGGAGGAAUCAUCAACGGGUACACAAUCCGUUCCACAAAACAAUUGCUUGUACAAGGGAGAACUGUCACAGGGUAUAUCAAAGAGUAGCAGACUACAAUCGCCAUGUUGAAUUUGGACAUGGAAAUAGGAAGCACGAGAAGCAUUAUUGUGGUCCAGAGUACAUGGGAUCUAAGGACAGCAAUAUUCCAAAGGCGGGAACAACUCCGAUGCGAAAGGGUGGCACUCUGAUCCAGUUCGACACAACAACACAACCACUUAGCCAGACACCAGAGCGCCGACAGCAGGAACCCUUUUCACCUCCAUCAACGACAGUAACCGAUGACACAGGAGAAGCAGAGCUGAAUCUGGUACGGCUUCUUCACACCACUGCGGGCAAUUCUCAAACUGUCUUCCUUGGCGAUGCGAGACCUGAGAUCGAGUAUCUUCCACCCAACUUUGCUCUUCCUGAAGGGUCUCCGAUGGCCCCUUUCUACAAUGAUACCAGUGCACUUGGAAUCUUUGAACUACCAUCACUGGAUCACAGAUUUGGAAUGGACAACAGUUUUGAUGGCAUCGAGAUGAACGGUUUCAACAUGCCCUUCGAAGCGCAGAUGAACCUCUACCAGGUCCCUGCUCCACUGCUGGCGGAUGGCUAUUAUCCAGACAACACCAUUCUUUUCAAUAAUAUUGCCGCCGAUCUCGACCAGGGAGGGGCGGACGUGGCAAUGAGGAUGAGUUGUACCUACGGCGGAAGCUAUUGA